CGGGCCCGGGCCCGGGCCCCGCACCCCCCGCGGGGACCCCCAAACGCCGUGGGUGGAGAUUAAGAAGGGAGUGGUGAUCUACGUGUGCUUCCUCAAAGGAGCUAAUGAAGAAAUGCUUCCCAAAAUGGUUAGCACGCUCUUAAAUGUGAAAUUAAGUGAGUCUGAAAAUGGCCAGCACGUGUCUGUACUGGAUCUGCCCGGCGACAUUCUCAUCGUCCCGCAAGCCACACUGGGUGGGAAAGUAAAGGGAAGAGGCGUACAGUACCACUGCAAUUUGGGCAAAGAGGAAGGGCUGGGGCUGUAUUCUCAGUUCGUGGAUCUCUGUGAGAAAGAGGUGACCUCAAACAGCAAGUGUGCCGAGGCCGGGGUCACGGUCCAACACGGCAUCUAUGGGAACAGGCAGGUGCUGAAACUGGACACCAACGGACCGUACACGCACUUGAUUGAGUUUUAAGAAAUAAAAGCGAGUUUGCCU